AAAAAAAUGUCUUCAAAAAGAAUAAAAUUCCAGCUAGCGUCUCGCGAGAAAAACAUUCCGUUGUUUGUUAAGCAAAACACGAGAGAUCUUAACCUCCACUCCCUCAUUUUUUAUUUCCUUUUAAUAAUUUUCAUUUUCCCGUUGCCUAAACCAAGCUCAAAUCAUUUUUCUUUUUUUGGUUUCUUCUUCCUAUUUCUGCAAAAAAAAAAUAAAAUUUAGGGCUAGAAAACCAGAUCUCUCUUAUUUUCCUCCAAUGGAAGCUCAAUGCAUUGGAUUCUUGCAUUAAGAAUCGGAUUCCUGGACGAAUUUUGGAACCGUUUGAUUGCUGCUUUCUCUUUAAAAUUGGUGUCCGAUGGAGUCAUCUAUUUGGAGCAGCGAUGCCAAGCCUGAGGCGUGGCAUUUCCUCCUGGCGGUUUACUUCGCUCUUGGUUUCGUUGUCGCCAGGUUCUUCCUUGACAAAUUCAUUUUUCGCAGGUUAGCCAUCUGGUUGUUGAGUAUCGGAUCUGCUCCUUUGAAGAUGAAUGAAGCUACACAGGCAAAAAUUGUGAAAUGCUCAGAAUCUAUGUGGAAGCUAGCAUACUAUGCUACUGUUGAAACAUGUGUCCUCCAAAUCACCUACUACGAGCCAUGGUUCAGAGAUACAAAAGGGUACUUCAGGGGCUGGCCAGAUCAAGAGUUGAAGCUUCCCUUAAGCCUUUUCUACAUGUGCCAAUGUGGGUUCUACAUCUAUAGCAUUGCUGCACUCCUUACUUGGGAGACUCGAAGGAAGGAUUUUGCUGUGAUGAUGUCUCAUCAUGUAAUUACUGUUAUCCUGAUUGGAUACUCAUACAUUUCAAGCUUUUUCCGCAUUGGUUCAAUUAUACUUGCCCUACACGAUGCAAGUGAUGUGUUUAUGGAAGUGGCUAAAGUUUUCAAAUAUUCUGAAAGGGAGCUUGCUGCUAGUGUGUGCUUUGGAUUAUUUGCCAUCUCUUGGCUCUUGCUACGUCUAAUAUUCUUUCCAUUUUGGGUCAUCAAAAGUUCAAGCUAUGAUAUUCGGGAGUUCCUAAAUCUUUCAGAAUCAUAUCCCACAUCCCUUUACUAUGUUUUCAAUACCAUGUUGCUGAUGCUACUUGUGUUCCAUGUCUACUGGUGGGUUCUCAUUUGCUCAAUGAUCAUGAGACAAUUGAAAAAUAGAGGAAAAGUUGGAGAAGACAUUAGAUCUGAUUCUGAGGAUGAUGAUUAGACAGAAGAUUUCGUAAAAUUUUUUUGUUCUUGGUGGCGCCCUGAGGAGAUCACUUGUUGUAGGUUUGUCUCUGCACUCAAUUGGUCAUUACUUUGGGUAAGAAUUCUCUGUUGGUUUCAAUUAUUGAUUGAUUCUUCUGGGGCUACAGAUGAGGACGUAGGAUUAUCAAGCAUACGUCUUGAUUUCCUUUUUUCUGUAUAAAUAAUAGGCAUAUUACUGUAUAAUUGUUUUCACUGGAUAAACUCGUGUUUUGGCGUUAGUCAUCAUAAAGGGAAACAGGAACGACUUUUUUGUUUUCA